AUGGAUUUUCCACUGUCUCUUUUGGACGCAAAUGUCAGCAAGGCUAUUUUCAUCUUGCUUCAAGGGGAGCCCGAGCAAGCCUCCCUAUGGUCACUUAUCCUUCAACUGCGAACCCCCGGCCAGGGGUCCAGCUUCGCUUCUUGCGCAUCGCUGAUUUACAAAGACCUCAAGGGACUUAGCUCCUGGAUUACCGAGGCUGCUUUUAUUCCCUUUCUCAGACGUUUGGGAUUUUGUUCAUUGUAUCUAAGUUAUGGGCACGAUGUUCUGCUCGAGCUUUUCAAGUACCCUAUCGUUCUCACUUCGACUGUUUCAGGGAAGCGGGUGCUCCUUUCAGAGCCCCAGAUGCCUCUUGCUUUCCCACCUUGCCUCCAUGACAAAUCUGUAUCAUCUAUGGUUCGAGCUUCCACUGUGCAGUAUGCUUCUAACUGUCUUGAGGAAUUCAUUUCUAUGAUUCAAGAGCACCCCAUGAACGUACGAUUCAUAUUCUUCUGCAAGACCCGGCCCUACAUCCGAGCAUUCCACAGCUUGGCAUUACUAGGAUCAGCAACGGCCAUCUGGCACCUUUCUCUUCUUCCUUCACAGUGCCUUACUGCCUUUUAUCAAGCCAAUCCAUUAGUCACAUUUAAGUUCCCGUACAAUGCCUUUUCCACGCGCUCGUUUUCAUCUUUGCUACAGCUAUGCACAUCCCGUGGUCGGCUGAUGCCGAACAAUGCUAUUAAUUCAAAUGCUAAAGCUAGAAUAACAAGACUCAUUUCCAUUUUUCGUAGUAAGAUGAAACGGUUAAGCCACAAUCUUACGUUUCUGAAAGACAAGAAACCCCAAUCUCUUUUGCAAUCAUUUGGCUUUGAUACGCAUUUUAGGGUAUUCUUAGAUGAAACAGGCACCCUUCGUCACGCCCCUCUGCCCUUAUCUGUGCACAAAAUAACUCUUUAUCUCAUGUUAUAUUGCAAGUCCAUCAGCGCAUUUUCUAUUCUUGGCAAAAGGAACGCUCGAACAUUUCACUCACAUCUCUUUCGCUUUAUUUCUCAGCCAAUGAACGGGUUUAUGACCUUGCAAGAGCUCACCUCUAGUAUCUCUACAAAAGAAUUCCUUCUCCCAGCAACCACAGUCAGCAAGGCCGAGGGAGAGGUGCGACAUCACCUUUUAGCGUACUUCGUUGUCUAUCUCAUGGACUUCGUCAUACUUCCCGCCCUCUAUCAGUCGUUUUCUGCUGUUUCUAUGCACACGGAGCUUUCCAAUCGGAUCGAGACGGCCAACUCUAUGGUUCCUGCAUUGCUUUCCCGCUCACUUUGGGUCAGCUACAAGAAUUACUUGAUUAAAUCGUCUGCUCGUCUAGAAAUAGCGGCCACUUAUGAAUUUGUCUGCUCAUUAUCCAAUUUGCACUCUAUCCCUCUAACCAACGAAGAUGCUGUGAACCGUAUAUUUUGGAAGCAAGUCUCUCCCGGUAGGCUAUCGUUUGUCUAUAAAUCUAAUGGAAGGGUGCGGCCCCUAUGUAACUUUAGUUUUUGUAGCCGACGACACAGGGUCUCACUUAAUUCCUUUCUUCGAAGCGCGCUCCAGGUCAUCAUAUUUGAGCUAGAGCGCCCACGCAAUAGGUACUUGCAAGCACAUCUAGCCAAGAAUCUAGGCCACAUAGCAGUGGACUAUGCUGCUUGGCUCGAUGCGACGUACACAGAAAACCCCGAGGCGCAGAUAUACAUGGUCACAACCGAUAUGAUAACUGCUUUUGAAAGCGUCUCCGUUCCUCGCUUACUCUACUACAUAUCCCAUUACAUCGUUACUGGGAAUGCUUACGUUGUCUUGACUUACAAGGAGAUUGCUCCCAGUAAGAUGCCUAAGAUUAGGACCGUUGCGCUGCCCUGCCAGCAUAAUGGGUGUGUAUCCAUGGAUUCUAUUUCCCGCUACCUUCUCUGCAAGGAGACCCCUAAAAAACAGCCUAAUUCUAUGCUGUGUCCCAUGCAUGCACGAAUCUAUAAGCGAGAGGACAUUAUCAAGAUGCUAGAGCUUCAUCUUCUCAAUCCCCUCGUUAUUCACGAAGGAGGAGUAUACCGUCUGACAUCUGGGAUACCCCAGGGCAGUGUCGUAAGCACUGUCCUUUUCAAUUGCUAUUCGUCUCUCCUGCACGUGCAACUACUAAAUACAGGGAUUGUUUCGUCCCGUCUCUUCUUUUACAGGACCUUUGUUGACGACUGGCUGCUAUUAACUACGUCCAUAGCAUUACUUGACGCAUAUAUCGAGUACCUGAACAUCAUGCGUGAUCAUGGAGCCUACUUCAGAUUGUCCUGCUUCACGAAGCCACACAAAAACAGCCCAUUCGCUCCCAUAGCUACAUUAGACUGUUCUAGAGAACCCAUACCAAAGAAAAGUCUUUACACACCCAAUCUCAAUCAAGAUAUGUACAAACUAGACGUUCCACGAUAUUGUGGAUAUAUAUUUCUUGAAAAUGUUGCCAUAAUAGACGUACUGAAGUGGUUUUCAUCAACGCGAACCAAUGGCAGUCCGUCCUAUCCCAUGAUUUUUGGAUCUGGGAUAUCUGUCAUGCAGAGACUCAGGUUGGUUUUCAAAAAGAGAAUCCGGGAUCUCCGCUGUUUCAUUGAGAGAAGCAUACAGGCACCCGAUCCGCGUAUAAAAGUGGACGGCUCUAUUCUUUAUGCGUAUAUACGUGCUGUUACGUUUUGCAUACUUUGCUACACACGAAACAUAAGAUACUCUGAGUCCUUGCGCACCCUUUUAAGGAGCACAUUCUGUUCUCUUAAGGCGACCGUGUGGAGACAUUCUACAUCCCGUGCUAUAUUUAUCCACGUAUCCAAACGCAUUAUUCUACAUGUCUAUGGUCACAAUCCCCGCAUCAGAGGGCUUCUUCUGGGAAUGCUAAGCAGGUAG